UCCACAAACUUUAUUUUAAUUUAAUUUUUAAAGACAUUUUUCUAUUGCUAGGUCCUGUCAACCGACACGGAGUAAAGUAAACACCGUUAAACUCUUAUUUCCAACUGAUACAGAUGUUUGGUAACAUAUUUAACGAAGACGACGUUGCUUUGAGUGAAGCAAUUGAAGAAAGCAGACGUUUACAGAUUAGCACCAAUGGCAAUGCACCAGAUAGCCCGCGUGCCCAGUGCCAGUUGGCUGGCAUUAACAACCAGGGAGCAACUUGCUAUCUAAACUCUCUUCUACAAACACUAUUCUUUACUCCGGAGUUUAGAGGAGCAUUGUUUGGUUUAUCAGAACGUGAACUAGGAAGAUUAGAAGACAAAGAUAAUCCUAGAUUAAAGGUCAGAGUUAUUCCCCUUCAGCUGAAAAGGUUAUUUUUGAGGCUUCUUCUCAGCAAUCGACAGAGUAUUUCCACAGUGGAAUUAACAGAGAGUUUUGGCUGGACUAAUAGUGAGGAACUGCAGCAACAUGAUGUCCAGGAGCUCAACCGGAUUCUCUUCCUGGCUAUUGAAGACUCGCUGGCUGGCACCCGAGGAAACAACCUCAUCAAGGAGCUUUAUCACGGCAAGCUCGUUAAUCAGAUUACGUGCAUGCAGUGUGGGAAAAUCAGUGAAAGGGAGGAGGACUUUUUAGAUUUGACGGUGACCGUCGGUGGAGUCGACUCGCUGGUCGAUGGGUUUCAACAGAUGUUUUGUGACAUGGAGAUGAUGAAGGGUAAAAACCAGUACUGGUGUGAGGUCUGUCGGAGACUGGUCGAUGCCAAAAAGGGAACUAAAAUAAGAAGCUUGCCUCCCAUACUGACCAUCUCACUGUUGCGGUUCAGUUACAACUUCAGGAAAAUGGAACGCUACAAGGAGACUGGAAAGUUUACAUUUCCUAUGUCAAUCAAUAUGAAAGAGUUCUUGGAUGAGGAAAUGCCCUCGGAUGUGACGGAAUAUGAACUGUUUUCUGUGGUGAUUCACCGUGGGAGUGCUCACGGCGGCCACUACCACGCCUACAUCCGAGAUGUUGAUAACCUCGGUAACUGGGUUAAACCUGAGAGCGCAGCGUUGGAGGUUCCCCGCUGUGCCUCGGCCACAGGCGACAUCCAGUACGACUCGCCAGUUGACCUGUGUCACCAGAUUCUGUCGAGACAUCCUCACAGGGCAAUGAACAUAAACAAGCUCUGCGUCGAGAUUUGCAAUCAGACUGGGCACUCUUGGAAUAAGCUCUUCAAGAAGCGAUAUGGUUCGAUUAAUAAGUUUUUCCAAAAGUAUGAUGACAAGUUUGUACUGAAUCUGGAUUCAGGGUUUGUUAGUUUAAGGCAAGACUUGCCACAGAAACUUGAGAAAAACAACAAUCGGACCAAAUCCCCGACUGACCAUAAGUCGAAGAGGCGUGAUAGUUCACAAUCUGAUGACAGAGACAGGAGAAAAGAUGAUGAGCGACCCUCUUCGCCACUACCACCGGAAGGCUAUCGAUGGUUCAAUUUUGAUGAUUCUGUAAUUAGUCCUAUCAGAGCUAAGGACAUAGAAAAACAGUUUUCUGGAAAGGAAAGUGCCUAUAUGCUGUUCUACAGAAAGAAAUCACUGAUCAGACCCGAGGAAGCUAUGGGUAAUCCAGUAUAUGAACUAUCCGAGAGUUUGGUCAACCCGAUUCUGCAGGAGAACAGGGAGCUGGAAAUGCAAAGGCAAGAGUAUGAGUGUAUCAUAAACAUGGUCACCCUGCAGGUUCACUUCUCGCCACACUAUGGUUAUGUUGACGGUGCUCUCAAGAACUGUGGUGGAGACCACGCUUUCACCGAGCUCACUAUGGACAGAAGACAAACGGUGCAGGACCUGAUUGUUGCAGUUAAAGAGAUAGGCGGUCAUCUGGUUCCUAAACAACUAGUUCUGCAUAGAAUGCGUGAUCUCCCAGCUGGCUUCCAUCUUUAUGAUGAGAUAACACAAGACUGUUCAAAGGAACUUGUCCAACUGUCCAUCGAUAGUGACACAAAGCUAUUUGCCUGGAACGGUCACAAGGUGAAAGAUAAACCUAUUCCAGUGGGCGCCAGCAGUGAGCCUGUCUACCUGACCAUCAUCCACGGAAACCCGGCUCAGUUCAGUCGCGGAUUUCCAAGAGACAUGACUUUCGACGACUUCCGGUCGUGUAUCUGUGAUCUCACCCAAGUGGACUUCUCCACCAUCGUGCUCAAGAAGAUCGUGGGUAAGAACUCUGCGAUGCACGUCCAGACUCUGGAAGACUGUACGUCGACUCUCGAAGGUCUUCAAUUCAAAGACGGGGAUCAAAUCAUUGUGGAAGACAAAAUGAAAAAUAGCAUUUCUUUAGCCGAGAAAACUGCUGCACGACAAAGUCAGUUCUUUAUUACAGUGCAGAACAAAUGUGGACAGUGUCUUCAUGAUGGCAGCUGGCCCAAGACAACUGUACAUGUCAGCAAAGAUAUGUUGCUGUCCACUGUCAAGUCGUGUGCCAUGGAGAAGUUUGGAGUGAAUGAGGUUCUGGACGGAGGACGUCUUCGUGUGGAUCAUGAGACUCUGGGACUGAGAGUGCCGCUGCAUGAAGAGUUGACAGUUGGAGAUGCUAAUAUUACCAACAAGUCGGUUGUCAUACUAGAGCCUGGCAAAGCUCCGGAAAAACACCAGAUCACAUUGACUGUGAGCUCCGGUGACCCUAACAUUGAACUCCCUGAGAUGGAAAUAACCGUGGAUUACAACAUCACCGUGGGCAGAUGUUUAAAACAUAUCAUCCACAAAUGUCACCUACGAGGUGAUUCAUGGCAUCUAAGGAAAACCAACUGGUGUGGAGAAGCAGCCGACCUUCUAGAUGACCUUGACAUAUCACUAGAAAACAGUUUGGUUAAUGAUGGAGAUCACAUUCUAUUGAAGGAAGGAAAAUUACCUCCAAAGGGUUAUUUCCAACUGCCCAUCUUUUUGUACUCUUUUGAAGAUAGUUCCCAGAAUUCGUGGAUCAUCAAUUCUAUUGCAAGUAGUAUUCAAGCUCUGAUGUCCAAGAUCCUCACGACCACCAGCUGCGCCUCCCACAAGGGCCUGGCGCCCAUCGGAGAGGUGCAGAUAUCCAAAGACGCAUCACUAGAGGAGCUCAAACAGAAGAUCUUGAUGCUGCCACAAGUUUUGGAGCUGUACAUCACAACACCAGAUUUCAUCCGCAUUCGCCUUAUCGAGAACAACCGCCUGACCACCAUACUCAGGGUCCUCCAUCAGUCUCUUAGACGCCAGAAGGUGACUUCCAGCAGUAGAAUCGCUAUCCAAGUGUUGGAUGUCGAAGAGCAGCUCAGCCAGUACGAGAUUGUCCUUGCUGUGAAGGAGAGAAUAGCAGACACGAGAGACUACGGGCCAGAGAAGGAGCUGAUCUGGAACACGUCACAGAGCGCCGACUCGCGCUGUCUUCGCAAAAGCAUUGCAGAGCUGCUGAAUAUUCAGGCUGAUACUAUUGUCAUGGCUAAGCACUUUCCACAGAAAUUCACAUGGCUUCCCAUCACAGAAAUGUCAGUGUCUAGGUCGGAGAGUCAUAAAGGCAGAAAGAAGUCGCGCCUUCCGAAACUUCCAAGUUUGAAACAACCUCCAUUUCAUAUAACAGAUGGCGACAUCAUAGGCGUGCAGUCUCACCGUGAUAACAAAUAUGACUUCAACACAGUGGAAGAUGAUGAGGGGCUAGAAGAACUUAAGAGAGAAGCUGAGGAGAAGAGGAAGAUGAGAGAAGAAAGGAAGAAUGCUUCUAAUGGAACUGGAUCUAGAAAACGAAAACCAGAAGUUCCUUUGAAGAUUAAAGUGGACAGUUUCACGUGACACUUUCAGACUUAUCACGUUCUGUGAUUGCUCACUGUACCAUGUUUGUUCAAAACAAUUUAGGGUACCAAAUAAGAGUUAAGUGUUCCUAUGAUAUCAUUCUUGCACGACGUUUGACAGCAGCAGAAGGAACCAAAUGAUGACAUCACUGAUGUCCAUCAUUAAUGGAAUGGAUGACCUCCAUUUUCUGCUAAAUAUCAGAGCAUCUGUGCUGAAAUUGCAAAUAUUGGUGGUUCAGUUGCAAUGUUUUCUAAAAUCUGAUUACUGUGGUUCUCUUUCUUAUACAGGGCACACAGCAAUUUCAGUGUUACCACAGGGCUUUAUGGUAAAUACUAUCAUUAAGGGCUUUAUAAAAACAAAUAAGGGUGGAUGGGGUGGGGAGCAUUGUGUUAAAAGUCUUCUAAGGGGAGUGUGUGUUGAUCAAGGGAAACCACAUUUGAGACUGAUUCACACAGUUUGUCACUGAAUCAUUUAGUUCGUAACGGUGAAAUAUAGGUAUUACUUUCCCAGCAACAGUGACAGUAUAACGGUGAAAUAUAGCUAUUACUUUCCCUGUAACGGUGAAAUAUAGGUACUACUUUCCUGACAACAGUAACAGUGAAAUAUAGCUGUUACUUUCCCGGUAACGGUGAAAUAUAGGUACUACUUUCCUGACAACAGCGACAGUGUAACCGUGAAAUAUGGGUACUACUUUCCUGACAACAGUGACAGUGUAACAGUGAAAUAUAGGUACUACUUUCCUGACAACAGCGACAGUGUAACUGUGAAAUAUAGGUACUACUUUCCUGACAACAGGGACAGUGUAACAGUGAAAUAUAGGUACUACUUUCCUGACAACAGUGACAGUGUAACUGUGAAAUAUAGGUACUACUUUCCUGACAACAGCGACAGUGUAACAGUGAAAUAUAGGUACUACUUUUCUGGCAACAGCAACAGUGAAAUAUAGGUACUACUUUCCUGGCGACAGUGUAACGGUGAAAUAUAGGUACUACUUUCCUGACAACAGCGACAGUGUAACGGUGAAAUAUAGGUACUACUUUUCUGGCAACAGCGACAGUGAAAUAUAGGUACUACUUUUCUGGCAACAGCGACAGUGUAACGGUGAAAUAAAGGUACUACUUUCCUGGCAACAGCAACAGUGAAAUAUAGGUACUACUUUCCUGGCGACAGUGUAACGGUGAAAUAUAGGUACUACUUUCCUGGCAACAGCAACAGUGAAAUAUAGGUACUACUUUCCUGGCGACAGUGUAACGGUGAAAUAUAGGUACUACUUUCCUGGCAACAGCAACAGUGAAAUAUAGGUACUACUUUCCUGGCGACAGUGUAACGGUGAAAUAUAGGUACUACUUUCCUGACAACAGCAACAGUGAAAUAUAGGUACUACUUUUCUGGCAACAGCGACAGUGUAACGGUGAAAUAAAGGUACUACUUUCCUGGCAACAGCAACAGUGAAAUAUAGGUACUACUUUCCUGGCAACAGCAACAGUGAAAUAUAGGUACUACUUUCCUGGCGACAGUGUAACGGUGAAAUAUAGGUACUACUUUCCUGACAACAGUAACAGUGAAAUAUAGCUGUUACUUUCCCGGUAACGGUGAAAUAUAGGUACUACUUUCCUGACAACAGUAACAGUGAAAUAUAGCUGUUACUUUCCCGGUAACGGUGAAAUAUAGGUACUACUUUACUGACAACAGCGACAGUGUAACCGUGAAAUAUGGGUACUACUUUCCUGACAACAGUGACAGUGUAACAGUGAAAUAUAGGUACUACUUUCCUGACAACAGCGACAGUGUAACUGUGAAAUAUAGGUACUACUUUUCUGGCAACAGCGACAGUGUAACGGUGAAAUAAAGGUACUACUUUCCUGGCAACAGCAACAGUGAAAUAUAGGUACUACUUUCCUGGCAACAGCAACAGUGAAAUAUAGGUACUACUUUCCUGGCGACAGUGUAACGGUGAAAUAUAGGUACUACUUUCCUGGCAACAGCAACAGUGAAAUAUAGGUACUACUUUCCUGGCGACAGUGUAACGGUGAAAUAUAGGUACUAUCCUGGCAACAGCGACAGUGUAACGGUGAAAUAUAGGUACUACUUUCCUGGCAACAGCGACAGUGUAACAGUGAAAUAUAGGUACUACUUUCCUGGCAACAGCAACAGUGAAAUAUAGGUACUACUUUCCUGGCGACAGUGUAACGGUGAAAUAUAGGUACUAUCCUGGCAACAGCGACAGUGUAACGGUGAAAUAUAGGUACUACUUUCCUGGCAACAGCGACAGUGUAACGGUGAAAUAUAGGUACUACUUUCCUGGCGACAGUGUAACGGUGAAAUAUAGGUACUACUUUCCUGGCAACAGCAACAGUAUCAAUGUUGGUGUUUAGCUCCAAUGUUAUAUGUUUGUGUUCGGGUCCUAGAUCAGUGAAACUUGGUUAAUAGUUGCACCUAUGAAAGUUCAUUAUUUCAAUAUAUGUAUCAUUGUUUUAAGAAAAAUACAAAAAAAAUUAUUAAAUGAAAUAUAUAUUUAUA